AUGCCACCGCCGCCGCUGCUCCUGCUGCUGCUUUUCGUGGCCGUGCUCCCGUCUUUCGCGCCGGGCACGGCGCAGUUCCCCUGCAUCGACUCCCACGAAGGGAACUUCUCCAGGUUGGAGUUCCUCCGUCGAGCGGCAAUGCUUCGCAAGGCGAGCCUGCAGGCCACGCAGACCGGUGUCCAGCUCCCUGUCCGUUGGAGCAGCGCCGGCUACCUCGUGGACCUCGCCAUCGGCACCCCGCCCCUCGUCUUCUCGGCCAUGCUCGACACCGGUAGCGACCUGGUUUGGACCCAGUGCUUCUCUCAGCCCUCCGAGUCUCUCACCUACGCCGCUCUCCCCUGCACCAGUCCCCAGUGCCAGACUCUCCCUCGCUUCUCCUGCUCUCCUGAUUGCCACUACAGCUACUCCUACGGCGAUACUUCGUACACCAAAGGUGUUCUCGGCACCGAGACCUUCACCUUCGGCGCAGCCGAUCCGGUGGCGGUCACCGGCAUCGCCUUCGGGUGCAGCACCGUGAGCGAGGUUGGAGCGGAGAACUCACCCUUCUUCUCUAACUCUGCCGGGAUCCUGGGAAUGGCGAGGGGGCCAUUGUCACUGGUGUCCCAGCUCGGUGAAGAAAGAUUCUCCUAUUGCUUCGCUUCUGACGACACAACCACCGCUCUGCUCUUUGGCUCUUCGGCAAAUCCGAGCCCACAGGCUUCUUCCACGCCGUUCGUCAACGUCCCUUCUCCCCUAUACUACCUCUCCUUGCAAGGGAUCUCGGUUGGUGCAACCCUCUUACCGAUACCGAACACAACCCUUGCGCUCCAAUCGAACGGGACCGGCGGCUUGGUCAUUGAUUCCGGCACCACCUUUACCCUGUUGACGGAUCCCGCUCACGCGAUGUUGAAGCAAGCGCUUGUGUCUCAGAUCGAUCUACCGGUGGCGACCGUGGCCGGGUAUGAUCUCUGCUUCUCCUUGCCACCGGAUGCAAGUGGGGUGGCAGUGCCGAUCUUGGUUUUCCAUUUCGAUGGCGCUGAUAUGGACUUCCCGGCGGCGAACUACUUCGUUGUGAAUUCCAGUGCUGGAUUGUUGUGCUUGGCAAUCUUCGGGUCUCCGUUCAACCUCUCCAUCUUGGGCAACUUCCAGCAGCAGAACAUGCAUCUCGUCUAUGACCUCGCCGGUGGAAAGCUGUCGUUCGAGCCUGCGAACUGUAGUGAUCGGUCUCUUGUCGAUGUAGUAACAAAAAGGUGA